AUGACAGAAUUAUUCGGAGAUAAUUGUUUAUUAUUUUCUGCACCCUCUCAUGUUGGUGGAUCUGUGGACAACACAAUCAUACCAUCGGUGGUUGCCUACUGUGAGAAGGGUUUUUGUUCCAACAACACUGCCACAACAACAACAACUAACAACCUCCCGAGAGGUUCUCUCUAUUCCAUCUAUGUAAACGAUAAGAUUCAUGUCAUUCUUGAUACUGAAUUUACCAUGCAAGCCAAACCUAUCUUGAUUGAAUUGAGAAGUUUUCUAUUUGAAGAUGAAGACAAUGAUGAAAGUUUUGAAGAAGAGUCUAUUCUCGUGUCUGAUUUUUCAUUCCCAACUACAAGUGUUGUGAUACAUAUUCGGAGAGAUAACUCUUCACGAAGAAAGAAUAGAAAAAACAAGGCUAAAUCCAUCAAAGGAGAACUCACUCCUCAAGAUAUUGAAAAGAAGAAAAAGAUGAGACGGAGCUUAACUCAAGAAGCCACUAAAAAGGUUUCAUUCCUACGGGUUGUGCGCCAAGAGGAUGGUGCUGUAUUGGCUGUCUCUCAAAAUAUGUGGUGCCGAAGUAAAACGAGAGAUGAAAUGGAAAAGAAGAAGGAGAGAAGACAGCAAACAACAACUAAAACUAGGACCAAAAAUCCAAGCACUAAGAGAAAGGAAAAUCCACAAGUUGAGCUUGUGCCUGUGGAGCUAGAUCAAGACAUGUUACGAACACAUCUCUGUAAACGAUCCAAGUCCAAUGAGGAGAACAACAACGCUAGUGCUGCCUCUAAUGUUCACUCUGUUGUCACUUCUAACAACAACACUGUAAAUAUUAAUGAGGAAGAAAUUCCAAUGGAAAUGCUUCAAAUGUACAAUCCUCAAGAGUGGAUGACGUACACGAAUGGAAUAGCUGAUAGCUUACAUUUCUUGACACAGCAAUUGUGUAUGGCUACCACAAAGAGCUAUCAACCAAUAUUAAUGGUUGUACCAGUUGUAAAUAAUCACCUACCAGAAGAAGAGAAUGACUUUGAUCCAUCCAUGUUUCAAUCGGCUCCAACUGCAUUCUUCAAUUCGCCUCUCUUUGCCAACAAUAAUAACACGCCAAACGGAGGAGCUGUUAAUUUGGAUGAAAUUGACUGGAGUCAAUUUAUGGAAACACCAACCUCACCUCAACAAGCGCGACAAGAUGUCGUCACUCCAAGCAAUGGAGAUAAUGCAAUGACGCCUUCCAAAGCAAUUUCAUUGGAUGAUUUCUCUCAAAAUGACUUAGAUUUUUUGCUUAAUGGCAACUUUUCCACCCUUAAUGUAUGUGAACAGGUUGAAUUAUCAACUUGUUGGCCAACAAUACUUUGA